GCGCAUCCCGCGCGCCGCGCAUCCCGGCGGCCGCGCAUCCCGCUGCCCGCUCCUCCCGCGGCGUCCGCGCCACUGCGCUCUGCCGCCCGCCCGGCUUCUCCUCGCUAGCGGCACCAUGAGGCUGCGGGGCCGCGGGCCGCGCGUCUUUCCCGCCUGCAGCUCAGGGGCGGGCGACGCGCCCCUGGCGCCCCCCGGGCGGAACCCGUUCGUGCACGAGCUGCGCCUCAGCGCCCUGCAGAAGAUCCAGGUGGCCUUCAUGACUGUGACCCUGUUCCCUGUCCGGCUCCUAUUUGCCGCUUUCAUGAUGCUGCUGGCCUGGCCCUUGGCGCUUGUGGCCUCGCUGGGAUCUGCAGAGGAGGAGCCCACACAGCCCCCCACGCUGUGGCGCAGGUUGGUGGAUGUCCUGCUCAAGGCCAUCAUGCGUGCCAUGUGGUUCGCCGGUGGCUUCCACCAUGUGACCGUGAAGGGACGACAGGCACUGCCAAGCGAGGCUACCAUCCUCACGUUGGCCCCACAUUCAUCCUACUUUGAUGCCAUCCCCGUCACCAUGACCAUGUCCUCUGUCGUGAUGAAGGCGGAGAGCAGAGACAUCCCUAUCUGGGGCACCCUGAUUCGGUACAUACGGCCAGUGUUCGUGUCCCGCUCUGACCAAGAUUCUCGCAGGAAAACCGUGGAGGAGAUCAAGAGGCGUGCGCAGUCAGGCGGGAAGUGGCCCCAGAUAAUGAUUUUCCCAGAAGGAACUUGUACCAAUAGGACCUGCCUGAUUACCUUCAAGCCUGGUGCAUUCAUCCCCGGGGUCCCUGUGCAGCCAGUGGUGCUCCGAUACCCGAACAAGCUGGACACCAUCACAUGGACGUGGCGUGGCCCUGGAGCGCUGGAGAUCCUGUGGCUCACCCUAUGCCAGUUCCACAAUCAGGUGGAGAUCGAGUUCCUUCCCGUGUACAGCCCUUCGGAGGAGGAGCGGAGGAACCCUGCGCUGUAUGCUGGCAAUGUGCGGCGUGUCAUGGCUGAGGCCCUGGGUGUUUCGGUGACGGACUACACUUUUGAAGACUGCCAGCUCGCACUGUCAGGAGGACAGCUACGCCUCCCCGCCGACUCAUGCCUGCUGGAGUUUGCCAGGCUGACACGGGCCCUCGGGUUGAGACCAGAAAAGCUUGAGAAGGAUCUGGAUGGGUACUCGUCAAUCGCGAGGACGCGGGGCGGGGAGAAAGUCGGCCUCGAAGAGUUCUCGGCCUUCCUGCAAGUGCCGGUGUCGGAUGCGCUGCAGGACGCGUUCGCACUCUUCGACGAGAGUGGCUGCGGCAUGGUGGACCUGCGGGAGUGCGUGAUUGCCCUGUCAGUCGUGUGCCGGCCAGCCCAGACCCUGGACACCAUCCAGCUGGCCUUCAAGAUGUACGGGGCGCCCGGGGAUGGGCACAUCUAUGAGGACCACCUCGCCUGCAUUCUCAGGACCGCUCUGGGUGUGGCCGAGCUCUCUGUGACCAACUUGUUCCGGGCCAUCGAUGGAGAGGACAAGGGGAGAAUUUCGUUCGCCGACUUGCAGAGGUUCGCGGAGCUGUACCCUAACUUUGCUGAGGAGUACCUGUACCCUGAGCAGCGGCCCUUCCAUGGCUGUACCCGGACACCCUCCACGCCGACCCCCAAUGGCUUCUGUACCGAUUUCAGCCCUGAGGGCUCGGACUUGGGGGCAAAGCCACCCUCUAAGAAACUGGACUAGGGCUCGUGCCCAGGGGCUGGGUCUCCUACGGCCACCACUGCCCUCAGCCAGGAGCCCAGGCCCUCGGGGACCGCUGUGCUGUGCCUGGCCAGUCUUUGCGCCGAGUUCCAGAGACCUGGGGCUUGUUGCGUGUUUCUCUGUGAAGAGCCUCGGUUCGGAGCAUGUGGAGAGGCGGCUCUGGGCAGGGCUCCGUGGCCUGGAGGGGUGGGCACCAGCAGGGCCUCGCCCCUUGUGGUGAGUCCCUGCUCCGAGUUCCCUGUCACCACCUCCCAAAAUUCCCUCCCUGACCAGUGGAGCACAAGGUCACUGUGCUGUGAUCCAGGGUCGAACAUGGGGCCAACGGUCACCUGCACUGUGAUCCAGUGACCUCCACUGCCUUGGGUCACGACACAGAGGAACCGCUGUCUGGUUUUUAAACAUUUCUAUAUUUGCGCAGGCGCGCAUGAGUAUUUUAUAACUUCAUUUAGGUACUUCAGAAGACAUUCAGCAUUUUUUUAAAGAAACGAGAAAAUUGUUUUUCUACUUCAUUUUUCCUGUUGAGGUCGGAGGCCAGUUAUUUAUUUUCGGUCUCGGGCUCUGCCCUGCGUUCCCAGCCGGUGUCCCCGCAGGUCAGCUCCUGUCCUCCCGACCCGGCUCGGGCACCUGGCCCCAGGUGCUCUGGUCUCCAUCCUUUCGAAACCCCUUUUUAUAACUUUGCCAGUUUGGUGUUUCUGUUUCAGCAUAACAAGAUCUACUUCACUGUAGCGUAGGCUCCACCUGCGACAGAGUGGGGGACACAGCAGGGGGACAGUUGGGGUCCCCAGGUGCACCCUGGAUAUAGACUGGGGCCGGCAGGCCCGUCCCCCACCCCAGGUCCUGGCGGGACUGAGGCCUGGUCUCUGCUCCGCUUCCCAGGCGCCCCUCGGUGCCCCGCUGUCCCGCUGGGGGAAGCAGCUGUCAUGUGAGCGCGGGUGGGAAGAGGCUUGGCGGACUGGGUGGCAUCUGGGGCACCUGGCUGCCCGUCCCACCUGUGCCCUCGAGUCUUGUGAUGCGGUCACAAGCCCCUCUGUGCAGCAGUGCAGUGCCGCAGGUGAGGCUGCAGGUCUGUCAGGGGUUUCAUUUUAUUCCUGAGAUGAACCAGUAACACCGGGGUCUCAACACUGAGCCACUGCCAAGCCAGUCGAGGAUGCGUGUCAACCGCUUCCCCAAACACAGCCCGCAUCUCUCCAGAGGGUACCUUGGGAAACCAAACCCAUCUGUCACCAGCGCCACAUUGCCGCCAGCGCGACAGUGUCAUGUCUGCAAGGCAGUCCAGGUCCUGGCAUAUGGGGCCUGGGGAAGGACAGUGAUGAUUUUACAACUGUAGCACACAUCGGUCUCAGUUUUGGUUUUGGUUUUCGGUUUCUUUGAGACAGGGUCUCACUGUGUACUCCAGGCGACCCCCUCCAUCACCUCAGCCUCUGAGUGCUGGGAUUGCAGAGGUGCGCUGCCGCACCUUGCAUAUAAAAUUCAUCCAUACCACGGGAGCGCCUAAGGCAACUCAUGAAGGAGGCAUAAACUAAGAUGUCCUGCGGGAGGGCUGUGAACCUCCCUGCCGCCUGCAGAUGAAGGGUUCCUGGGAACCUCUGAGACGCAGCCCGGAUGGAUGUUUUACCUCCUGAGCCUUCAGCUCUGUGGGAGCCGCUCUGUGGGGAUGUACUUAGGGGAGGGCAAGGUCUCCAUGCAGAGCCCUCUUCCAUGGAAUAAAUAGCAUGAAGGCGUGGACCCCA